AUGGUUGAUGAAGAGGAUGUAAAUGUAAAAACAAGAAAGCCAAGACAAGUAUCCAUUACAAGAUCGAAUUGCAAGGCAUGCAUAAGAGCAAAAGUGAAUAAAGAAGGACAGUUUGAGGUUGUGGCUCAUGUUAUUCAGCAUAACCACGAGCUAACAAAGCCACAGUGGCAUUAUUUGCAUCGUUCUGAAAGAAAAAUGACAGAGGAAAAAGCUGAAGCAAUCAAAACAAUGAAAUCUUCAGGUCUAACUACAAUGGACACUAACAAUUACAUGGCUACAGAGGCUGGAGGAGAACAGAAUGUAGGCCAUAGUGUUGUAGAUCACCUGAAUUUCUGCUCAAGGUUAAGAAUGGAACAAAUUAAGGCUGGAGAUGCUCAAACUUUAGUGAACAUUUUAAGCCAGGAACAAUCAGAGGAUCCAAACUUGUUUUUUAGAGUGAAGUUUGACAAAGAAGGAAGAAUUUGCAAUAUCUUUUGGAGAGAUUCAAUGAUGCUAGAAGACUAUAGGAUAUAUGGAGAUGUUCUUGUCUUUGAUACAACAUACAGAACCAACAGAUAUAAUCUUAUAUGUGCUCCAUUUGUUAGCAUAAAUAACCACUGGCAUAAUUGUAUGUUUGCUUGUGCUUUUGUUGGGGAUGAAACGACAGAUUCAUUUGUGUGGUUACUACAAACCUUCUUCAAAGCUAUGGAGGAUAGAAAACCAACUUCAAUAUUCACUGACCAGGACCAAGCAAUGGCAAAUGCAAUUCUGGAGGUGAUUCCUAAUACAAGGCAUAGACUUUGUAUAUGGCAUUUGGAGCAAAAUGCCAUAAUCAGAUUUGGAGCUCUUAAAAAAGACAAAGAAUUCAAAUUUGCAUUCAACCAGUGCUUAAAGAUGUGUGUGACAGAACAAGAAUUCGAAGCAAAGUGGCAGGCAAUGUUGCAGAAAUACGAGUUGAUAGAACACUCUUGGUACAAAAGAGUGUAUGAGUUGAAAGACAAAUGGUGUCCUGCCCUUAGUAGAGAUUUCUUUUCAGCAGGGAUCUUAUCGUCACAAAGGAGUGAAAGCAUUAAUCAUGCUAUAGGAUUCAUAGCAAGUAAAGCAACUACUUUGACAGAAUUUUAUACCAUAUUUAAGAAGACAACUAAUCGUUGGAGAAGCACAGAGAAAUAUGAUGAGUUUACCUGUAGCAAGUCAAUAGCAUUGACUUCAUUGCCUCUAUCUGGAAUGCUAAAGCAUGCUGCACAGGUUUUCACUUUAUCACUCUUUAGAGAUUUUGAAGAGGAGUUUGGAUACUCUAUGGUAACAACUGUUCAGAUGUUAGGAAAUAAUGAAGAAUGCCUACUUUAUCAAGUAACACUAGAAGACAAGCCAUGGUAUGCACAUCAAGUAAACUAUAUACAUGAGAGCCAAACUGUAUGGUGUACUUGCAAAAGUUUGAAGCAUCUGGAUGUAACAAGAAUACCAGACAAGUAUGUUUCAAAAAGAUGGACUAAGUUUGCAAAAACAGAGGCAUGGGAUAGGUUGAAGAAUCAGGAUCCUAAACAGCAAUAUAUUCCAUGGAGGCAAACAAUAAUGAGGAAAUACUACAAUCUAAUCUUAAAAAGUCAAGAAAAUAAAGAGACAAGAGCAUUUAUGGAAGAAAGCUUCAGAAACAGUCUUAAAAUGGUGGAAGACUUACUUGCUAGUGCUGCUCAGAAAGAAAGUGCAGAAGCUGCUUCUAACAUUCCUGAUGUGGCAGACAACACUCAAAGCAAUACUGACGUUUCUUCAGCAUCGAUUUAA